AUGUUGUUGCGGAAUUUAGAUGUAUCAGCCCAGUUGUGUAACGGUACAAGACUCGUGGUGCUCUCCAUAAAGGCUGAUAAGAAACUUCUGAAAUGUAGAAAUCUUAGCAAUGGUGAGCCUGCUAAUAUAACUAGAAUGCAUCUUGAUUACUGUAACGAGAAAAGCGGCAUAGCUUUUCGUCGUUUACAAUUUCCUAUUCGUCUUGCUUUUUGUUUGACAGUCAAUAAGAGUCAAGGUCAAACUUUCGAUAAAGUUGGAGUUAUUUUACGAACUCCUUCUUUUGCUCAUGGUAGCACGUAUGUUGCUUUGUCAAGGUGUACCACAAAGGAAGGGUUGAAAGUAACAAGAAACUGGGCCAAAGUUCCAUCUUUACCCAAAACUCGCAAUGUCGUUUACGAGGAGAUUCUGUGA